AACAAAUUUCCUCGCUGAGUGCAGUGCCUGGAGCGCAUGAAUGUGUGCGUGAUGCAAAGUGUUGAAUGUAGGCGUAGUGUAUAAUUUACCGUAAUCCCGAGCAAGCUGCCCUGCGAACCAAGCAGCAGCCAUCCUCAAGCAUCUCGUUUCACCGUGUAUCGGGAGUGGAAAAACAGCAGUUUUUACAGUGCAGCUCAAUUGCUGAAGCAUUUGUCCAGUGCAACGUUGUGGGUUUUAAGUGAAAAGGCAGCAAGUCCGACGUGCGAUCUGUGUUACGCUACCAUAGCAACAGGCGAGAACGCAAGGCUCUGGUAUUAUUAUUACCUAGCAAAAAAGAUGGUUGUGCAAGUUGUCAUGCCCACAAAUCUGUGAAUUAUCAUCGAAUAACGGAAGUUAUCUCUGGCAUCCAACAUUUUCCUGGCAGCAGGCAGCUCGAUUUUCCACCUGCGAAAUAUUUGCAUUAGUAGCUGUAUAAAGAUAUCGUUAUUACACUGGGAUUACAAAGAAACGUUAUCUUUGAAUACUUUUAAUAGCUUAAUACGCAGUGUAAAUGGACAAUUUUUUAUUCAUAGUGUGUAGUAGAAACAAAUUGAUAGAAUCGGAUAAGUGACGAAAGCGCUCCAGGCGUUUACUACAUUUCUGAGGAAUGUUUGUGUUGUUCUGAAUCAGCUCUUGUUUUGGCAACUUGCCUCACUAUUGAGUUGUGGAAUACAGGCACUAGGUUACUAUAAAAGGCAUCAGCAUAUUAGUCAUCAAUAAAUGCAACAAAUGCAUUGCAAAAUCAUCGUUACUGAGCUGAUGCACAAAAAACGCACUCACUAAUAUUAGAUAGAAACAUAGAUCUUCCAUCUGGAUCUGGGGUAUGUGUAUUUGAGUGACAUUUUCACCGCAGAGUGCAGCGGGUGUGUGUAAAUGCGACAAAAUGCGCGGUACAAGUCGAAAUACCUUCAACUUGAACUUCCCUCUGCGGCGAUUGUUGCUGCAAAGUGCAAGGGCAGCUCGCGGUAGCCCGCCGCUCGGUCAGAGGCUGUGCGACGCGGAAAAAGGAGGCAGCAACAGUGGAGGAAGCGGUGGACAUGGGAGCGGUUCCAAUGGGGGCGGAAAGCAUGAUAAGACUGGAUCUUCAGGCCAUAGCAGUAAUAAGCACAAUUCCGACGCAUCUUCGCAACAUUCGACAAACUCGCCGGGUAAUCUAGAUCGUGGGACAGCGAACUCGAAACUCACCCCUAGCAGCCACAAAUCAUCGCAUAGUCUGCAUAGUAAGGGAGGAAGUUCUAGUACGGCCGGGGGAGCCGGAACAAAUGCAUCGUCCACUGCCGGAAAAGUACCCGAUGAAUGUCCCUUAUGCUAUGACGUGUUACCCACUAGCGACGAGUACUAUCCACUGCUGAAUUGCAAACACUAUGCAUGUCGAGCGUGCCUGGAAAAUUAUCUAAUGAUCCAGAUCUCAGAAUCGCGCACGGAUAUCAGCUGUCCACAAUGCUCGGAUUCGAUGCACCCGACUGACAUACAAGCGCUUCUUAAGGCGUUCCCAACGGCCAUCACAAAGUAUGAGGAUUUUAUGGUUCGGCGGGUGCUGUUAUCUGAUCCAGAUUCUCGAUGGUGUCCAGGACCAGAUUGCACGUAUGCAGUUAUCGCUACCGGAUGUGCCUCCUGUCCUAGAAUAUGCUGUCAGCGGCCGGGAUGUGACGUUCAGUUCUGCUAUCAUUGCAAGGCAGAGUGGCAUCCCGACCAAACAUGCGAUGCGGCCCGCGCUUCCCGGCAAAGCCCAACGCGCGCCCUGUCCGGUAGUAUUAGAAAAAAUUCACAACAUAAAGACGAAAUUAAACCAUGUCCGCGUUGCCAGGUGCUUAUAGUGAAGAUGGAUGACGGUUCCUGCAAUCACAUGGUGUGUGCUAUCUGUGGUUCAGAGUUUUGCUGGCUGUGUAUGAAGGAAAUCAGCGAUCUUCACUAUCUGAGCCCUUCGGGAUGUACGUUCUGGGGUAAAAAACCAUGGUCACGAAAAAAGAAACUGCUUUGGCAGCUCGGAACCCUGGUGGGUGCCCCACUAGGAAUUGCUCUAGUGGCAGGAAUCGCCGUACCAGCGAUGAUUAUUGGAAUACCUGUCUGGGUUGGACGUAAGAUACAUACCCGGUACAAGUCAGCAGGCAAGCAUAAAAGAAAUUUCGCCGUUCUGGGAGGAGUGACGGCAUCGGUAAUUGUUUCGCCUGUCCUUGCUGGAUUAGCAGUUGCCAUUGGUGUGCCAAUACUGUUGUUUUAUGUGUACGGUGUUGUACCUGUCUCGCUUUGCCGGGCUGGUUGUGGCGAAGGAACAAAAUUUGAAUUUGACGAGGAAGAGGAUAACGGUUCCCGAAACCAUGACGCUGCCAGUGUGGAUGCGGUUUCACGCAUUGGAGCCACUAGCAUUGGAGAAGUUAGUCUUAGUGUGGCCAGCGGAAGCCAUCUCGGCGUUUCAAGCCAACACUCAGCAUAUGGUGCAACGAACCCGUCCACUACGGCCCUAGCUGGCAGCAUUACAGGACACCGUUUGGAGGUACAGGCUGAUGUGAGCACAUCGGAGACGGCCUCUGCGGUGACAUGUGUUAGUGAGAAAUCUGGCAACACGCUGAACGAUGCAGCCUCCACCAAGGCACUAGCCGGGUCAAUACUGAGUUACAAACAGCAAGCAGAAUCAAGUGCGUUCAGCGAAGAUGGCACUUCCGAAAGGGUACGUUUCGACAACACCGUGUCGUUCGUUAUUGACAGUAAGAAAGAUUCCUGUGAUUUCUUGUAUAGUAUCCCGCCGGAUCAGGACACAGCUGCAGAUAAGGCAAGUUUGGGCAGCGGACGAUCCUUUCGCAGCUCUGAACGUUCAUUCCGGGAUGACUUCGAUUCUACCAGUGUGUCUUCAGCGCAUAAGCGCAUCAAUUUUGGCAAGCUGAUUCCCAAGCUCAGCUCCAGUCAGCAUCGUAACCUUUCGGUAGACAGUACCACCGGUUCGUACAAUAUUCCGGAGAACGUCAGUCUGGAGCAGGAACUGGAGCAAGAGGAAACACUUACGGGUCAGCAUGUUGUAUCAUCCAGCUCCUCGUUAGCUGUGACAGCACCACAGCGCAACACAACACAAUCCCAGACAACAAUUUUAUCCGCAGGAGCAUCUGCACUACAGCAGAAAACACAGCCUGGAUCCCUUGAUCCGUCUCCCGAGUUCGCGGCACGACAUGCAAGUCUUGCUACGAAAUCGGCUACCGUUCCCACUGCGUCAAGCAGUAGCAGUUGCUCGUCAAACGAAGCAAUUAAUAGGGCAAUUUUGGUAGAAAAGCCAGCACUUUCAACAUUCAGUGCGGGGGUAUGUGCUACCGGUUAUACAGAGGCUGCCCAGAAUCAAAGAAACGAAUUGAAGCCAAUGCAAUCGUUAGAAUCACCUCCACUAUCCACAAGCUCCUUAAGUGAUCAUUCUACACAGGAACAGCCACCAAUUGGGCCUACAAAAUCACGCACUCACAUUCUGCGCAAUCUGUUCUUCUCGCUGCCGAAUACUUCGGAAUUGUCAGCUCCUACUGAGGCUACGGUCGAAUGCGGACAUGUUGGUACUACGGGUGCACGUACAAAAACAGCAUCCGCCCCGUUGACUUCACCACUGUCGCCAUCGUCAUCCUCCACUUCUUCCGCUUCCUCGAUGACACCCACAGGUUCUUCCUUGAACACACUUCCAUGAGCAGAGUACCGUCACAUACCAGAUGGCGCAAUUGGAUGAUUGUUGAAAAGAUAAUCAUAUUGCCAGGGAUGACAUGCAACAGGAAUGUGGUUUGAUAUGCAUUUGAAUUUCCAGAGGCCAUUUGGUGGUAAGCCUCAGGGCCACGGCGGUUACAAAAGAAUGCAGCAUUUAUGUUAAAAAUUGAAUUCUACAAAUCUGUAGACUAAACAGGCUUGCAAAUCGCAUAGAGUGUUCUAAGUGAGUGUAUGUAAACAUAACAGUUGUGACAGCAUGAAAAAUGCUUAAGUAAAAAAGUGGACUCACGCUUGCAGAAACUGAUUGAGUGGCGUACAAACGUGAUUUGAUGUCCGUUCAAUUGUCUGCUUGCAAACGACACUGUGGCCCCGAAGUUGUAUGCAUUUUGGCAUUAAGGUUAGCCUUUGCUUAAUUUUCGUUCAGCAAAUGGCGGUUUUGUUAGAACCUUGUUCUUAUUAUUAUUACCUACUACUGCCCCCUCGUAUGUACACAAAUUGAGGAAACGCAUAAAAAAAGAUAACACAAGACUGCAAAAUGCCAGAACAAAUACACGAUAUUCGUUUGUUGUGUUUGUUUAACAUGCCCAAAAAGGCUACACUUUCUUGACACGGAUUCCUACGAGGUGAGGCCACGACGAUUAAUCACGAAUCCUUGGACGAGGCUUCAUCAGUAAACAUAAUGAACGGAAUAUUGCGUAAGCAUCAGACAACGAGAAUGCGGAUUUAUUAUUAUGCCAAAUUCAGAAGGGCGCGUUUUAUGUUUGUUUUUAUUUUUUCUCUACUACAACAGCAGAGGAGAGAGAAUGAGAGACAAUAGAAAAAUGAUGUGAGAUCCGGAAGAUUGAAAAUUGUGUUAGGUAGCAAGAUGGUCAAGAGAAAAAUUAGUGUCAUGCGAAGAUAGUAAAUGAGGGAUACGAAGUUAAUGCUAUUUAAGCUAGGAGUUGAUUUAGGGAUAGAAAAGCAACACAAAUCCCUGUUCUUUUUAUCUAAUGGGGUCAAUAGUACUAAUUUUCUAUUUAAAUCAUGUUCGAAGUUCAUGAGAUAAUUCGUUUGAAACGUCUUUAUGGAGAAAUACGAAACCUGAAGUAUGCGCAUACGCAUAAAAUAUAGAAUUAAAUUAUCCCAUAA